AUGGUAAGAAGAAACGCAGUCCAUGCCACUUCAAGUCUCCCGUCUAGGCUUUGGUGGCCACAGCAACGGAGGAAAGGAAAAAUGACCGUCGUGCGGUUAGGAAACCGGCGACGAGGGUUCUUGGUGGGACAACCGCGGAUGGUGGUGCAGAGAUGGAGGAUCAACAUCGGAAAGCCGAUGAAAAUGAUGAGAAAUAUCAUUUUGGGAAUGAUCUCAAAUGGUGGAAGUGUUAAGUUCUUAGAUGCUUAUCUUUGGUCUUUGCCGAUUUUGCGUCCUCAGUUGUUUCCACUAUGCUGA